CUCCGUUUAUUUAAUAUGAUGUACUCUACUUUACGAGGGGCAAUGAAAAUAUAAAUGACGAUAGGAUGGAUCUUUUGUAAUUUUUACUACUGCAUAUUGUUUCUGAAACCUCCCAUCCAUAUUUCCAAGAUAUUUUAAAAGAACUUGAUUUUUUUUUUUUAAUUUGACAUUUUCUUUUCUUUUUUUUUCCUUGUCCACAAUAUGCUUAAAAAGUCAAGUUUUUCCAACAAAAAGAAUGAUUGUGUCGAGUCCGAAAAGAGGUUAACAGAAGAAUUCAAUCAAUGGUAUGAUAGAUAUCUUACACUUGUUAAACAAAGGGAGAGCUACCGUCAACUCCUGGAGCAAAGUCAGUUACGACUGUUAGAAUUUGAAGGGAGAUAUAGGAUCACAAAGAAAAGGCGUAGGUCUAGCUUUAAAGGACUUUUGUUGUUAGAGAAUGGCUUUCAAAGGAUGACAAAAGGGAAGGUAUGGGUGACGAUCGAGAUCCAUACCUUUCUUUCAGAUUUAUAUCUUGAGACUCAAACUAGAUGGCUUUGCACAAAGGCAAGAGAAGAGAAGGAGAGAGUGGCGAUUUUAAAAGAAAAAAUCAGGUUUCACCACUAUACAAAAUCCCUUGUGCCUAUCUUGUGUACAAUGCAUCUUUUAGAAAUUAAAUUACAUCAAUUAGAACAAAGGAAACUCGAAUCUAAAAUCGCUACUUAUUUUGGGUGAAUCAUAAAAAAAAAAAAUGCUUUUCUCACAAAACACCACCUAGUAACAUAGUUUAGUUUAGUGUAACAAUAAUAAUAAUAAUAAUAGAACUCCCAUUGUGAUUUGCCUCUUACUAAAUAAAUAACAUGGUAAGGGCGGU